AUGUUUACACCUGUAGGAGGGUAUGGCCAGCAAGGUGGAUAUGGGUCCCAGGGUGGUUAUGGAGGUGGUGGAUACGGCGGCGGUGGCUAUGGCGAUGGUGGAUACGGGGGUGGAUAUGGUAAUGAUGGUUAUGGUGGUGGCUUCGGACAAGAUUAUGGGAACAGCUACGGAGGUGGUCCAAUGAAAUCCUCGAGCUAUGGCCAAGCUAGGCAACAGCCUUAUGGUGGAGGUGGCUAUGGUACCCAGGCAUACAGCGGUGGUGGAAGCUACGGAAGCGGUGGUGGUGGCGGCAGCUAUGACAGCUACAGUGGAGGCGGUGGUGGUGGAUAUGGCGGCGGCGGUUAUGGUGGUGGCGGUGGUGGAUAUGGCGGCGGAAGUUACGGUGGUGGUGGUGGACGUCGAUAG